AUGUCUUCUCGUAUCCGUGAAUUACGUUUAGGAAUUCAUUUUAUAAGAAGUUUUUCUGAUUUAUUCACUAGAACUGAACGUGUUAAAAAUCCAAAUAUCUCCACUUCUAUAAAUAAUGUUUUCAAUCUUCAAAGAAAAUCUAUGAUGAAAAACGUAAAACCUGGUGAUGAAGUUUUAUUUUCUUUUUUUCGAAAUUUUAAUGAUCAUCAAACCCCUAUGUUUCAGGUUUUUGUUGCUUAUAAGGAAGGUCAAAGACGUGAACAAAAAUUUUCUAUGAGAUGUCUUUUACCUUAUAAAACUUCUUUUAUAGCUUUAGGUAAUUAUACUACUAUAACCGGUCUUAAAUUAAUUUUUUCUACUUUACCUAUUCAUUUAAGAAUAACUCAAAAUCAUUUAAAUAAUGAGAUUUGGAUAAUUCCUGUAAAUGUUGGUGAAUUGGCUUUUCAAGGUGAAAUUACUGUCGAUGGAAAUCUUGCUCAUACUUUAAGAAAAGUUGGUCAUGCUAUUCAUAUCAUUUCUUUCGAUGAUGUUGGUGGUUUCGCAAGAAUUAAAAGUAAUCAUUCUAAUGGUGAUUUAUAUAUUUUAAGAUUACAUAAAGAAUCUUUAAGUACUCUUCACGCUACUUUUGAAGAUUCUUAUUGGGCAAAAUCUAAUGUUUUUACUACUAUUCCUCAUUCUCCUUUAAUUGUCUCUUGGGGUACUCAAAAUGUUUAUUUUGAUCAAGAAAAUUCCUUAUUGGAAACUCAAUAUG